CGACCGAAUGCAAGUUCCUUUUUCAUGGUUAGCGACGAAUUUUCUGUAAUUGAACCACCGGAACUAUCUUGCCAAGACCUGAAACGUUGCCAAAUCGACAGCGACUUCGGUCUAGAUUUCUUCAAGGGGAAUAAGGACCACACCUCCAGGCUCGUGUUUUAUGUCACGGUACUCGUACUGUGUGUCUCCGUACAUCUGUAAUAGCACCGAUGUCCGAUGUCCGAAAUCAGCAAAGAAAGGAAUCCCACGCGAACGCAACUCAACCAUAGAAGCUACAAUUAUUCGCUACAUGUACUCCGUACUGUCCCCUCUUUUCCCCAUAGCUUCACAAGACAAGGGGCAAAACGAGCUAUCUUCAUUAACACAUGCAUAUAAAUAUGUAUAUACUCCGAGUACAUCAUGUGUGUGUGUGUGUGUGUGUGUGUGUGUGUGUGUGCUGUAUAUGUACUCUGGUUGACCCCGUAGUAAUUUAGUCACGGAAGUCAUAUAAUCGAUGGAACGAGUAUCCACACUUCGUC